AUGCAAGGAAAAGGAACUUAUUUAGAGAAUUAUCUAGAGACUGUGUCGACAGUACCCUCAGAGUUAACACGUAGUCUUGCUCUCAUUAGAGAACUCGAUUAUAGAUCCAACGAGGUGGUAGAAAAAGUUGAAUCGAUAAAAAAUCAUUUGGUAAACAAUACUAGUUCAUCUAGAAAGGCAGCACAAGAUAUCCUUUCAGAGAAAGGCACCAAGCAAUUGAAGGCAGAUCUCAAAGCUGUCAUGGAGUAUGCAGAUGAAAAAGUUGAACUCUCCAACCAAUCCUAUGAGUUGAUCGAUAGAUACAUUAGAAAGUUAGAUACAGAGUUGAAAAAGUUUGAAGCGGAAAUCGAAGAGCAAGAGGAAGAGAAGAAGAAACGAAAAGGAACACAAAUGCCGGUCGAUGCACCAAAGAAAGGCAAAGCCAACAUACCAUCGCCUGCCAACAAUCUAUCACUUCACGGUAGAAAGAAAGCAUCAGAGAAACCAGCACCAACCAAAUCGGGAACAUCCGCCAACAAUACAUCGAGCGAUUUGGAGAUCGAUCCAAACGAACCAACCUAUUGUAUUUGUGGACGUGUUUCUUUUGGUGAAAUGAUUGAAUGUGAAAGUGGUGGUUGUAAAAUUGAAUGGUUCCAUUUCGAAUGUGUUGGACUAUCGGAUCCACCCAAAGGAAAAUGGAUAUGUCCUGAUUGUAUAAAGAGAAAAGGACAAAAAAAUAACAACUAA